CAUAAUUGGAAAUUCAGAAUGUCCGUGAAAGUUUCACGCAAAAAUUGCCAAAUCCGGGAACCAAUGCAAUCCUACUAUCGCCAUCAUUGAUCACUGGCUUAUUGGAUUUCCAUUUCUCACCUUGCCAAACAUCUUCUCUGAUCAUUCUCCGGCGACUCCCCUGCGCCUUCAAGUAGAAUAUAUUCAUCCCUCGGAUCGCUUUCUGUCAGAGAGAUGAGUCAGGUGUUCGAGGGAUAUGAGCGCCAAUACUGCGAUCUUUCUGCUAAUUUGUCGAGGAAAUGCACGGCAGCUGGUGUCUUUGAAGGAGAGAUGAAGAAGCAGAAACUUUCUGAAAUAAAGGCUGGAUUGGAUGAAGCUGAUACGCUGAUUCGAAAGAUGGACCUCGAGGCAAGGAGUUUUCCUCCUAAUAUAAAGGGAAUGCUUCUUGCUAAGUUAAGAGAGUACAAGACUGAUCUGAACAAUUUGAAGAAUGAAGCAAAAAGAAUCACAUCUGUCAAUGCCAAUCAGGCUGCCCGGAAUGAGUUGGAGGAUUCAGGAAUUGCAGAUGCAAUGAUGGUCUCUGCUGAUCAAAGAGGGAGACUAUUGAUGUCAACAGAGAGACUGAAUCAGUCUACUGAUAGAAUUAAGGAGAGUAGAAGAACAAUGUUGGAAACAGAAGAACUCGGUGUCUCAAUACUUCAAGAUUUGCAUCAACAACGCCAGGCUCUCCUACAUGCUCACAGUGCGCUUAAUGGGGUGGAUGACAAUAUUGGCAGAAGCAAGAAGAUCUUGACGGCCAUGUCAAGAAGGAUGAACAGGAACAAAUGGAUCAUUGGCUCCCUAAUUGCAGCACUUGUCUUGGCCAUCCUAUUGAUCCUCUAUUUCAAGCUCACUUACUAACCUGCUGUCCUAUGAAAUUUAAUUUCUUGAGUAUUCCUUUGGACUAAAGCCUAUUCCUUUUGCUACGAUUUGUAUUUGUGUGCAUCCUGUCUGUAGUUGGGUGUCAUUUUCUCAAUGAUCUUUUUUUCUUAAUCAAACAUUGCAGGUUUCUUUUGAUAAAUUUUUUUGUUUUCUUGCAAAGGAAAACCAAAAGAAAAGCAUGAAUAGUUAGUUUAUUAAACAAAGCGUUGACAUUUUCAAUAUUCAUAUUAUUUUCUUUCCAAUUUGAGCACUGAGCUAGGGGAUGGGAAAUUCAUGAGCAUAUUCUAUUUUUCUUUUCCUAUAUUGAGUCUUCAAUUUGGAUGUAGAUAUAUUAUUGUACAUGUGAAAAUAAACAUGUGUUCUUUCUUUAA